CUCCUGCGUAGGAAAAUCUCACACGCACGUCUCCGACCUGGACUGAUGUAAGGUCCCAAGGAGACGACCUGAGAGAGACCUUCGUCCAGAGAGGACGCCGUCUGCAGUGCUCGGCCCUGAGGAGAUGAGCGUUACAACACAGCAGUACAGAACAUCACUGAAGCUGUUAUGAUGCAGGAAUAUGACGUUAUAGUGCUGGGGACUGGACUUAAGGAAUGCAUCCUGUCUGGUUUAAUGUCUCUCAGUGGGAAAAAGGUUCUGCACAUCGAUAAAAAUCCCUACUAUGGAGGAGAGAGCGCGUGCAUUUCUCCCCUGGAGGAGCUGUACAAGAAGUUUAGAUUUAAAAAAAACAAACCUGAAGUGUGUCUGGGCCGCUGCUCGCUGUUCUAGCAGUUUCACAGUGAAUGACUUCCUCUUGUCUCAGGUCAAGUGGUGAAGAUCUUGUUGCACACGGAGGUCACUCGUUACCUGGACUUUAAAGUCAUUGAAGGCAGUUUUGUCUACAAGGCAGGGAAAAUGCACAAAGUCCCUGCAGCCGAGGAAGAAGUCCAAGCUACAGACCUGAUGGGUAUGUUUGACAAGAGAAGGUUCAGGAAGCUGCUGGUCUUCGCCCAGAAUUUUGACGAGAGAAACCCCCGCACCUACCAGGAUGUGGAUCCAAUCAAAACGACCGCCCGGGACCUGUUCUGUCGCUUUGACCUGGGGUUAGACGUCAUGGAGUUGAUCGGUCACUCUAUCGCUCUACACGGCAGCGACAGUUACCUGGACCAACCCUGUGUGGAAACCAUCAGACGGGUCAGGUUGUACUCGGAGUCUUUGUCCAGACACAACUCCAGUCCAUACCUGUAUCCAGUGUACGGGCUGGGAGAACUUCCACAGGGAUUUGCCAGACUGAGUGCGGAGUAUGGAGGGACCUUCAGGUUAAACAGAAGCGUGGAGGACAUAGUGAUGGACAACGGAAAAGUGAAGGCUGUAAAAUCUGAUGGAAAGCUGUUCCGCUGUAAACAGCUGAUCUGUGAUCCCAGCUACGUUCCCACUCGAGUCAGGAACAUGGGCCGAGUCGUCAGGGUCAUCUGUUUGUUAAAUCACCCGGUUAAGAACACCCAGGAGGCACACUCCUGUCAGAUCAUCAUCCCACAAGCUCAACUCAACAGGAAGUCAGACAUCUACAUAUCUGUGGUGUCCUAUCAUCAUAAUGUGGCCUCUGAUGGGAUGUACGUCGCCACGGUGAGCACCAGGGCAGAAACCAGAGACCCAGAGAAGGAGGUGCAGCCUGGGCUGGACCUCCUAGAACCCAUCAUGCAAAAAUUUGUGUCCGUUAGCAACCUGCUGGUUCCCAAUGACGAUGGAAAAAAGAGUCAGGUGUUUGUGUCGCGCUCGUAUGACGAAACGAACCACUUUGAACAAGAAUGCGAGGACGUCAUGGACCUGUACCGUCGGGUCACCGGCUCCGAGCUGUGCUUCAGAGGCUCAAAGAGACACCAGUCACACAACUCUGAUGAAGACUGACGACAGGCGUCCAUAUCAUCAUGUAGCAUGUAGCAUGUAGCCUCAUGUAGAACCUGGU